AUGAGUAAUUCAAGAAAAAGGUUAAUAAAGAAUUCUCCUGAUUGUAAAUCAAAUCAUACAGAAAUUCUAUCAGACAUUGAAGAAGAGUAUAAUCUUAACAAUUAUAAGUAUGAAAAGAAAAGCAAAAAUGUAUAAUAAAAAUAAAAUGAAUAAUAAUAGAAUGUUUAAAAAUAAUCUCAAUAAUAAAGAAGUGAAAAAGAGACACCAUAAUUAUCAGAUGUGUUUAGUACUUAAAAUGAUUCUAAGCAUAAUAAACAAUAAAAUUAAAUAUAAUCAUAAAAGAAACCAUCCGCUUAAAGAUAAUCAAAUUAACCAAAUCUAUUUUCAUUCUUUGGAAAAGAUGUUUUAAUUAAUCCUUCAUAAGGUUCAUAAAAGAAAGUAAAAGAUUCUAAUAAAAAUUAAAAUGAUAAUAUAAAUAUUGAUGAUAUAAAUAUAGAAGAAUAAUUAGAAAUAGAGAGAAAGAUUAGAGAAUAGAGUAAAGAUAAUAAAAAAUAGAUGAAAGCAUAAGAUUAAUAAUACUAUUAAUAAUAAUAAUAGAAAUCAAGUUUAGAUACAGAUAAUGGAAAUAAAAUUGUUGAAUAAUUAAAAAGGAUUAAUUUAGAUAAUAAAAAGUAAAAUGAAUUACCAAAGAAUUUAGGACCUGAUAUAAAGAAAAGUUUUGAAAUAUAAAUAGAAUAAUAAUAAUAAUAAGGAUAGGUUAAAAAAAAGAAAGGAGGUGUAAAUAUUACAUGGGAAAAUAAAAGUUAGAAUUAAUAAUAAAAAGUGAUCCAAUCAGAAAGUAAGUAGUAGUAAUUUGAAUAGGAGAAAUAAUAAGAAUUUUAGAAUGAUCCUAAUUUAUUUAAAGGAUUAACAAUAGUAUUAAGUGGAUUAUUAAAUAUUUGUAGUAGAGAUAAAUUUGAAUAAUUUUUAAAGAAUAAUGGAGCAAAAGUAACUGGAAGUGUAUCAGGAAAGACGAAUUAUCUAAUAGUUGCAGAUAAAUUAGAAGAUGGAAGGAAAGGUGAGGAAGGUAAUAAAUAUAAGGAAGCAAAAAAGAGAGGAACAAAGAUAAUAAAAGAAGAUGAUGUUAAUGAUUGGUUAUUAGAUAAAAUAGGAGUUGGAUUAGAUUAAAUAUUUCCAGAUUCAAAUUUAUCUAAAUUAUAUAAGAAAUCAGGUUCAAAAAAUAAAAAUUAAUUUACAAUAGAUGAAAAUAAGAAUAUAAGUAUGGCAGAUAAAUAUAUGCCAUAAACAUUAUCUGAUUUAGUAGAUAAUAAAUCUAGUGUUACUUAAUUAAAUGAUUGGAUAUAUAAAUUUUAACAUCCAAAUUCAAAUGAAGAUUAAUAAAAAUUAAAAAAGAAAUUCAUUCCAUUAAAAAUGGGUAGAUUUUAACCUGUUGGAAAUAUUAAGUAAAAAUUUUAUUCUAAAUAUAGUUCUAAAGCUUGUAUAAUAAGUGGUCCUCCAGGUAUAGGUAAAACUUCUAUGGUAAGAUUAGUAAGUGAAGCAUUAGGAUUAAAAUUAAUUAUAAAUAAUGCAUCAGAUAAAAGAAAUAAAGGAAGUUUAAGAUCUAUUCUUAAUGAUUUAGUUGAUAAUAGUGUAUUAAUGAAUUUAUUUAGACCAAACAAAAACUUUUUAAUUGUUAUGGAUGAAGUUGAUGGAAUGACAGGUUCAGAUAGAGGUGGAAUAUCAGCAUUAAUAGAAUGUAUUAAAUCUACUAGAGUUCCUAUUGUUUGUAUUUGUAAUGAUAUUGACAAUCAAAAAUUAAAAUCAUUGUUAAAUCAUUGUUAUAGUAUUAAAUUUUAAAAACCAGAAUCAAAAUCUAUUGCAAAAAGAUUAAAAUAUAUAUGUGAUUAAGAACAUAUCAAUAUGACAUUUGAAGAUCUUGAAAAAUUAGCUAUUUGUUUUGAUUGUGAUAUCAGAUAAUGUAUAAAUAUGUUGGAAUUACAAAAAAUAUAAUCAAAAACCAAUAUUAUCAAACCUUAUUCAUUUAAAAAAGAUAAAGUAUGUGUUUUUAAUACAUUUAAUGCAGCUUUAAGUUUAUUAAAUAAAAAUUAAAGAUAAUAAUUAUCACUUAGAGAUAUGAUGGAUAUGUUCUUCUUAGAUUAUGAUCUAAUUCCACUUAUUAUUUAAGAUAAUUACAUUUUAUCAAAUCAUUAGAAUAUAAAUAAUAUUGCUAAAGCUGCAGAAUUAAUUGCUGAAGGUGAUAUUCUAUCUAAAAAAAUUAGAAAAGAUUAAUAAUGGUCAUUAAUGCCAUCUUUUGGAUUCUUAUCUAGUGUAUAUCCAUCAACCAUUGUUGGAGAUAAAAUGGAUUUUCCUAAAUUCCCUUCUUGGUUAGGAAAGAAUUCUACUGCAUCUAAAAUCAAAAGAGAAAAUCAUAUUAUAAAAAAUAGACUUGCUCCUAUUACUUAUUUAACAUCUGAUAUUUAAUUAUAUUCUAAAUAUUUAUUUAAUUUGAUUAAACAAUAUUUAGAAUUAAAAAUACUUAGAAAUGAUAAAGAUGCAGUAUGGAAUGUUGUUUCAAUUAUGGAAUAAUAUAGAAUUACUCCUGAUUUAUUAAAAGAAGAACUUCAUAAUUAAAUAUUUAAUCCAUUAAAAGAUAAUUUAUUAAGUACUAUUGAUGCUUAGAUUAAAACUUAAUUAACUAAAAUGUACAAUAAAAGACAUUUCAUUCUAAAAGAAAAAGCAUCCAAAAGAUAACAAUACACAGAAAGAUAUUUAGUAAAUACUAUAUUUUAUCAUAUUUUAGAGUGAAAAUUAUAAUCCUUUAAUUGGAGAAGAGGCUCCAUUAGUUGAAUAAUUCUAAAAAGAAGUUGAAGAAGAAGAAGAAGAAAAAUAAAAAGAAGAUAUUGCAAUUAUUUCUAAAACUAAAAAAACUAAAAAUCAAUCUAAAAAAUAAAGUAAAAAAUAAACCAAAAAUACCAAAAGUUAAAAAGAAGAUGAAGAUUCUUUAGGAUCUAUGAAUAAUUUUAUUGUUGAUGAUGAUGAAUAUGAUGAAUGA